UGGACAGGACGGCCCCGGGACCUCGAAGGGUCAGCCGGCGCCAGCCCGCACCCUCUCUGCGCAGGGCCCAUCGCGCACACAAGAGUAAGGAGCUGCGCCCCAGCCACCUGCUGAGCCAACCGCAGCGCCGCGUGGGGGGCGCGGGCGGUGGCCCCGGGGACCGUCCAUGCCCCGGGCGCGGCCGCGCCCCCUCCCCCUACAGCCGCGCGCCCCCGCGGCCGGGCGCCGUUCAGGGCCGCGGGCCUGUCCGGGAGCCCCUUCGGGGGCGUCACCCCGGCGGCCGCGAGGAGUCCACCAUGUGACGCGGCGCUGUUCUGGUGUGUGACCGAGCAGCGGCGCCCUGCUGCCUCCCGUCCAUGCUCCUGGGUCCCGGUUUCACGCAGGCCAAGCAUGAGGCCACGGCCCGACGGUCGGGGACUGCUGGCUGGAGCCGCGCUGUCUCCCGCACUGCUCCUCUUGCUCCUGCUGCCACCUCCGCCGCCGCUGCCGGGACGUCUAUGGGCGGCCUGCACGCCCGCACCGUCGGCGCCAGAGGCUCUGGAGGACAGCGAGUCCGGUGCGGGCCGAGUGAAGCGCGGCUGGGUGUGGAAUCAGUUCUUUGUGGUGGAGGAGUACACGGGCACCGAGCCCUUGUACGUGGGCAAGAUCCACUCAGACUCAGAUGAGGGUGACGGCGCUAUCAAAUACACCAUCUCAGGCGAGGGUGCCGGCACCAUCUUCUUGAUUGAUGAACUAACAGGGGACAUCCAUGCCAUGGAGCGCCUGGACCGUGAGCAGAAGACCUUCUAUACACUGCGCGCCCAGGCCCGGGACCGUGCCACCAACCGCCUGCUGGAGCCGGAGUCUGAGUUCAUUAUCAAGGUGCAGGACAUCAACGACAGUGAGCCCCGCUUCCUGCAUGGCCCCUACAUCGGCAGUGUGGCCGAGCUCUCCCCUACAGGCACGUCGGUGAUGCAGGUGAUGGCUUCAGAUGCUGAUGAUCCCACAUAUGGCAGCAGCGCUCGGCUGGUGUACAGCGUGCUGGAUGGUGAGCACCACUUCACGGUGGACCCCAAGACAGGUGUGAUCCGGACAGCUGUGCCAGACCUGGACCGAGAGAGACAGGAGCGCUACGAGGUGGUGAUUCAGGCCAUGGACAUGGCGGGCCAGCUGGGUGGCCUCUCAGGCUCCACCACCGUCACCAUCGUGGUCACCGACGUCAAUGACAACCCACCCCGCUUCCCGCAGAAGAUGUACCAGUUCAGCAUCCAGGAGUCAGCUCCCAUUGGCACAGCUGUGGGGCGAGUGAAGGCCGAGGACUCGGACGUGGGUGAGAAUACCGACAUGACAUACCACAUCAAGGAGGAGAGCAGAAGCGGCGGAGACGUGUUCAAGGUCACCACAGACAGUGACACUCAGGAAGCCAUCAUCGUGAUACAGAAGCGCCUGGACUUCGAGUCCCAGCCGGUGCACACCGUAGUCUUGGAAGCUCUCAACAAAUUCGUGGAUCCCCGAUUUGCUGACCUGGGCACAUUCCGCGACCAGGCCAUCGUGCGUGUGGCCGUGACUGACGUGGACGAGCCCCCCGAGUUCCGGCCGCCCUCUGGCCUCCUGGAGGUGCAGGAGGACGCGCAGGUGGGCUCCCUGGUCGGCGUAGUGACGGCGCGGGACCCCGACGCCGCCAACCGGCCCGUCCGGUAUGCCAUUGACCGCAAUUCAGACUUGGACCAGAUCUUCGAUAUUGACGCGGACACUGGCGCCAUCGUAACAGGCAAGGGACUGGACCGAGAGACGGCAGGCUGGCACAACAUCACAGUGCUGGCCAUGGAGGCUGACAAUCAUGCCCAGCUUUCCCGGGCAUCCCUAAGGAUUCGAAUCCUGGAUGUGAACGACAAUCCCCCAGAACUGGCCACACCCUAUGAAACAUCCGUGUGUGAGGAUGCCAAGCCAGGCCAGCUCAUCCAAACCAUUAGCGUGGUGGACAGAGACGAGCCCCAGGGUGGCCACCGCUUCUAUUUCCACCUGGUGCCUGAGGCUCCCAGCAACCCUCACUUCUCUCUGCUUGACAUCGAAGACAAUACAGCUGCGGUGCACACACAACACGUGGGCUUCAACCGACAGGAGCAGGACGUGUUCUUCCUGCCCAUCUUGGUGGUGGACAGCGGGUCACCCACGCUGAGCAGCACAGGAACGCUCACCAUCCGUAUCUGCGGCUGUGACAGCUCAGGCGCCAUCCAGUCCUGUAACACCACAGCCUUCGUCGUGGCUGCCUCCCUUAGCCCCGGCGCCCUCAUCGCCCUGCUGGUCUGUGUCCUCAUCCUGGUCGUGCUGGUGCUGCUGAUCCUCACCCUCAGGCGCCACCACAAGAGUCACCUGAGCUCGGACGAGGAUGAGGACAUGCGGGACAACGUCAUCAAAUACAAUGAUGAGGGUGGCGGCGAGCAGGACACUGAAGCCUACGACAUGUCGGCGUUACGGAGCCUCUAUGACUUCGGCGAGCUCAAAGGCAGCGAUGGGGGUGGCGGCGGGGGCCCCGGUGAGAGCGCGGACAGCCCCCAGCAGGCCGGCCUGCCAUCGGAGCGCCACUCGCUGCCACAGGGGCCGUCGAGCCCGGAGCCGGACUUCUCGGUGUUCAGGGACUUCAUCGGCCGCAAGGUGGCGCUGGCGGACGGGGACCUGUCGGUGCCGCCCUACGACGCCUUCCAGACGUAUGCCUUCGAGGGCGCAGACUCGCCGGCCGCCUCGCUCAGCUCGCUGUACAGCGGCUCGUCGGGCUCCGAGCAGGACUUCACCUAUCUCAGCAGCUGGGGCCCUCGCUUCCGGCCGCUGGCCGCACUCUACGCCGGCCACCGAGCCGACGAUCCAGCCCCGACCUCCUAGCGGGGGCCGCGCCCUACUAUGGGGG